UCUCUCUCUCCAUAUAUAUAUAUAUAUAUAUAUAUAUAUAUACACAUAAAAUUUCAUUUGUGAACUCAUCAACACUCAGCGAUUUAAUUACCAUCUCUAAACUGAUGAUUUUCAAAUAUACCUGUUCUGCUCUAAUACUGACCUCCAGUCUCCCAUCUCCAACUGCCUUUCAGACUUCUCAAACUAGAGGUCCAAUAGGCUUCUUAAACUCAAUAUGUCCAAAAUGGAAUUUAUUACCUUUCCCUUUCAGGCCUCUUCCCUUUACUUUCCCUCUUACUGUAAAGGGCAACCCCAUUUUCUCAUUCCCCCAGGCUCAUUACCUAAGAGUCUUCCUGGGUGACCAUCUCACUCCACCAUAUCCACGUUAUGGCCAAGAACUGUAGAUUUCACUUUUGCAAUCUCUCUCAAAUAUGCCCCGUUUUGCUCCUGACACUACACCUACUCAGGCAUUCAUCACCUCAUGCCGGGACAGCAAUAACUUGUUGGUGGGUCUGCUGGUCUCAUAUCUUUUCCCACUCCAAUCUCCAUUCUGCCAUUGAAGUGAUUUUCCUAAAAUGCAGGUUCAACUUAUGUCCAGUGGCUCCGAAUCACUUCCAGAAUCAAAAACAAACCGCCCUGCUUUGGCUUUUGGAGCCCAAGUACUUCUCAAUCCAGUGACACUGGUCUUUUAGCUACUGCCCGAAGCAGGCCCUCCAUCUCUCUUCUCGGGUUGCCCCCAUUCCUGAAACACCCUUCCUCCUCCUCUCUAACUUUUGACCUCCCCGGCUUUCUAUGUCCCAACAGAGAGUCUUCCCAAACCCCUCUUAAUUCCAGUGCCUUCCCUCUGUUAAUUAGUUCCUAUUUGUCCAGUGCGGAACUUGUUUGCGAGUUGUCUCCCCUCUUAAGCCCUAGUUCCUUGAAAGCAGGGACUGUUUUUUGCCUCUCUUUUUACGCUCUGAAGUAGGCACGGUGCCUGGCAUAUUGUAGGCGCUUAAUAAAUACUGGGCAAAUUGGAAUGAGGCGAAGCGGGUGGGACGGAUCCCGGAGACGCGGGUGGGACAGGUCCCAGAGACCCGGGUGCGUGCUUUCUUUGUGCUGGACUCUUGCAUCCAAAUGGAAUUCGGAGGGCGGGCCACCGCUGCGGGUCUCCUCCUCCAGCUCCGGCCGGCGGGGAGCCAGGGGGUGUGAGCGUAGGCGGCCUGGGGGCGGGGGAAGGAAGCCGAGCCCACCGAGGGAAUGUGGAGGAAUCGGGGGCGGGGAUGGGCAGGCAGCGGUGGACCAGACAAGAAAGGAACAUGGCUCCUGCCUGUGGUUGAGCCCCAGCUGCAGUGACCACCCGUCCACCCGUCCACCCGUCCACCAGUCAUGGUUAAUCCUAGCCGUGUAAAGCCCCAGCUCGAGGCAGGGGCUCCCCGCCGAGCUCAGCCGCCACGCCCGGGCGAGCCCGCUGCCGCCCGGGCCAGGCUCUCUGUUCCCGCGGCCAGCGCAGAUGGCUGCGGCGGCCUCGCGGCUCCGGGCCUCCCCUCCCCCGGGGGCCUCCGGGAACAGCGCGGGCUGGAGAUCGAGAUGGAGCGAAUCCGACAGGCGGCGGCUCGUGACCCCCCAGCAGGGGCCUCGGCCUCGCCUUCUCCUCCUCUCUCGGCUUGUUCGAGGCAGGCAUGGAGCAGAGAUAACCCGGGCUUCGAGCCUGAGGACGAGGACGAAGAGGACGACGAUGAAGAGGUGGAAGGCGAGGAAGGAGGGAUGGUGGUGGAGAUGGACGUGGAGUGCCGACCGGGCAGUCGCAGGUCCGCCGCCUCCUCCGCCGUGACCUCUUCGUGCGCCAGCGGCCUGGGGCUCGGCAGUUUCCACGGCGCCAACAUCCCGAGCGGCCGCCGGAGGAGGAGAGAGACCCAGGGCGCCCUUGGCUGCUCCAGUCCGGCCGGUCCCGGAGAGGCGCUGCACCGCCACCUCCCCCUGGACGGGCCUCACCAACCGCAGCCACCGCCGCCGCCCCUGCCACCGCCCCGAGUGCCCGGGGCCAAAAGACUGCUGCGGGCACUUCGAGGUCUCUGGGGAACAAGACUGAUGGAAGAAAGCAGUACAAGUCGAGAAAAAUAUUUAAAAAGUGUUUUGCGAGAAUUGGUUACAUACUUCCUUUUUCUUGUGGUUUUAUGUAUCUUAACGUAUGGGAUGGUGAGUUCCAGCAUGUAUUACUACACUAGGGUAAUGUCGCAGCUUUUUUUAGAAACGCCUGUGUCUAAAAUGGAGAAGACAAAUUUUAAAACACUCUCCACCAUGGAAGACUUCUGGAAGUUCACUGAGGGAUCUCUGCUGGAUGGCCUCUAUUGGGAAAUGUGGUACAGCAACAGAACGGGAGCUGAAAACCGUAGUUUCAUUUACUAUGAGAACCUGCUAUUGGGUGUGCCUCGAAUCCGUCAAUUAAAAGUCAGAAAUGGGUCUUGCUCUAUCCCUCCAGACUUGAGGGAGGAGAUUAAAGAAUGCUAUGAUGUUUAUUCCAUCAGUAAUGAAGAGAGAGCUCCAUUUGGUCUUCGACAUGGAACAGCUUGGACAUACACGAAUGAAAAAGACUUGAAUGGCAGUAGUCACUGGGGAUUGAUUGCCACAUACAGUGGGGCUGGCUAUUAUCUGGACCUAUCUAGAACCAGAGAGGAAACUGCAGUGCAGAUUGCAAAUCUCAAGAAAAACAUCUGGUUAGACAGAGGGACUAGAGCAACGUUUAUUGACUUCUCAGUAUACAAUGCCAACAUUAAUCUCUUUUGUGUGGUCAGAUUAUUGGUUGAGUUCCCAGCAACUGGUGGUGUAAUUACAUCUUGGCAGUUUCAGCCUGUGAAGCUGAUUCACUACAUCUCAACAUUUGAUUUCUUCCUGGCAACUUGUGAGAUCACCUUUUGUUUCUUUAUCCUUUACUACAUAGUGGAAGAGAUUUUGGAAAUUCGUAUUCACAAAUUGCAUUAUUUUAGAAGUUUCUGGAACUGUCUGGAUAUCGUGAUCAUUGCGCUGUCAAUAGUAGCUAUAGGAAUUAACAUCUACAGGAAAUCCAAUGUAGAAUUGCUGCUGAAAUACCUUGAAGAUCAGAAUACUUUCCCCAACUUGGAGCCUCUAGCAUAUUGGCAAAUACAGUUCAACAAUGUGGCAGCAGUGAUGGUCUUCUUUGUCUGGAUUAAGCUUUUUAAAUUCAUCAACUUCAACAGAACCAUGAGCCAGCUAUCCACUACCAUGUCUCGCUGUGCCAAGGACCUUGUUGGCUUUGCAAUUAUGUUUUUGAUUAUUUUUCUUGCAUAUGCUCAGUUGGCUUACCUUGUCUUUGGCACUCAGGUUGAUGACUUCAGCACAUUCCAAGAAUGUAUUUUCACUCAAUUCCGCAUCAUUUUGGGAGAUUUUAACUUCACUGAACUUGAGGAAGCCAACCGAGUUUUGGGACCCAUUUAUUUCACUACUUUUGUGUUCUUUAUGCUCUUCAUUCUUUUGAAUAUGUUUUUGGCCAUCAUCAAUGACACAUACUCUGAAGUUAAAUCUGAUAUGGCUCAGCAGAAGACUGAAAUGGAACUAUCAGAUCUCAUCAGAAAGGGCUGUCAAAAAGCCAUGAUCAAACUGAAACUUAAAAAAAACACUGUGGAUGACAUCUCAGAGAGUCUGCAGCAAAGUGGAGGCAAGUUAAACUUCGAUGAACUUCGCCAAGAUCUAAAAGGGAAGGGUCACACAGAUGCAGAGAUCGAGGCAAUAUUCACAAAAUACGAUCAGGAUGGUGACCAGGAAUUGACUGAGCAUGAACACCAGCAGAUGAGAGAUGAUUUAGAAAAAGAGAGAGAGGAUCUGGACCUGGAUCACAGCUCUUUGCCUCGACCCAUGAGCAUUCGAAGUUUCCCCCGGAACCUAGAUGAUUCUGAAGAGGAUGAUGAUGAGGACAGUGGGCAUAGCUCUCGAAGGAGGGGCAGCAGCUCUAGUGGAGUUUCUUAUGAAGAAUUUCAAGUACUGGUUAGACGAGUGGACAGGAUGGAACACUCCAUCGGCAGCAUUGUCUCCAAAAUUGAUGCUGUCAUUGUGAAACUGGAAAUCAUGGAGAGAGCCAAGCUGAAAAGGCGGGAAGUAUUGGGAAGGCUCCUAGAUGGAGUGACAGAGGAUGAAAGACUUGGUCGUGAUAAUGAAAUCCACAGGGAACAGAUGGAGCGACUGGUGCGGGAAGAAUUAGAACGCUGGGAAUCUGAUGAUGGAGCUUCCCAAAUAAGUCAGCGCUUAGGCACUCCUGUGGGACUAAGUGGCCAGCCUCGUCCUAGGGGCUCCCGUCCUUCAUCCUCUCAGUCUACAGAAGGCAUCGAAAAUGGAGGGGGAAAUGGAGGUGCUAGUAUCCAUGGAUAGUCUAUGCCUUUCUGAUUGGAAGACAGCAGAUUCUGUGUUGCAGUAGUAAAUAUCCUAUUUAUAUCUCAUGACCAAAGGUCUGAUGUACGGUGGUCCCUUUGACCAAUUUUUUCCCCACUGCACUUUAAUUUAUUGUACAUAAAAUUUUUUCCACAUAGAUGAAGGAAGAUUUUUUUCUUUUUCUCUCUUCUAAGUACAGAAAUGAACAUAUCCCUUUUGAAGAAUACUAAAAGCAGUAUUAGGUUGUUGCGAAUCUUACUAUAUAUCACAUCAAUGGAUGACAAAAGUAAUUUUCUGAAGUAUCAGCAAUAAUGCAUUAAAGAAAAAAAUAUCUUUCCAAACCAAAAAAAGUUAAUAUUAUGUCAUAUUUGCAGUAUAGUUGAGGAAACAUGGCAAUGCUAACUUCAGCUCAGAUUUUCUAAAUACUUCAUAUCACAUCAACCUUAGUUAUUUUUUUACUUUUAAUUAAAAAAAAGGAUUUGUCUGUUCCAAUACGAUGUCCAUUAUGAAACGUACAUGAAGGAUAGGAGAAACAGGAACUCUUAAGCCAAAGAAUGAGUGGUCCUACUUGGAAUUUCUUUGAUUGAUUAGCAUGUUUAAUGUUUAAAAUCACUGUUCACUUCUAUGUUGUCUUAUUGAACCUAUGUAUAGAAUCAACUAAUUACAUGCAUAUGUAUAUAUAUGUGUAUAUGUAUAUAUAUACAUACAUGUAUAUAUACAUAUAUAUAUAUAUAUAUAGCUAUCAAACGAACAUUGGUUUGAAUGGAUUCAUGGGGAUAGAUAAAGACAACCAAAGAUCUUAGUGUGACCUCUGUAACACAAAAUCAUUAAAUAAGAGAGGUGGAUAAAUAAUAGAAGAGAGGUGGAACUCUGGCUAUUUAUUCCCUAAAUUAAUAAAUAGUACAUUUAGGUAAGAGAAAGAAAAAGAAAAAGAUGUUUAUAUUUCUCAAAUAGCCAAAUGAGGAAAUUGGUACUUACUUACUAAAUUUAUGUACUAAAAGAUUCAGAUUUUAUAAGAAUUACUUUAAGAUGUUAAUAUUAAAAUAGCAUAUAACCAGAAUGACCCAAUUUUGUGGAAAGAAAUUUUUUGUAUUGAAAGUCAAAUCAUCCCUGAAAUAUUUGUUUAUUUUGAAUUUAUAGACUAACUGAUAAGUUGCCAAACCUCGGAGCCUUAUGUUUCCAAGUAGGGAUGAUAUAUUUGCUUGACCAAAAGAAAAAAAAUGAAUUCUGAGAUGUGAAAAAAGUUCUAUAAUUAACUGAAAGUUAAUGUCACAGUGUAUAGAGUGCCAUAACUGAAGUUAGGAAGACUCAACUUCCCAUGGUCAAAUCUGGCCUCAGACACUUACUAGCUGUGUAACUUUGGGCAAUUCAUUUUACCAUGUUUGUCUUGGUUUUCUCAUCUGUAAAAUGAGCUGGAGAACAAAAUGCCAAGCCAUCCAAGCCAAGAAAACCCCAAAUGGGGUCAUAGGGAGUCAGACAUGCCUGAAAAGACUGAGCAAAAAGAAAUGAGCAAAAUAUUUUAGAGAUUAAGAAGGAAAUGAGGAGGAUGGGAUUAUUACAGACUCUUGGAGUUGAAAAUUUGUUUACAUGAAUUACUAUGUUAGUCAUCUAAUGUUUGAAAAUAUAGCAAAUAUAGUCCCUUGGAUCGAUUUCUAGAGAAAACAUGCCAUAUUCCUUCAAAAUACUUAGUCAGCUUGACUUUUGAACAUAUUUUCCUUCAAAUGUUACUUUUUUUCUGAAUAUACUAUAUCACCGCAAAAACCUAUUUACUAAAUAAUAAAUCAUUGUAUUUGUAUUGCUAGGGUGUGUGUGUGUGUGUGUGUGUGUGUGUGUGUGUGUGUGUGUGUGUGUAGAAUAACAUGGUACUUAGAAACAAACUUCAUCUUGAAGUGCAAUAAAUUUCAUGGGAUAUCCAUGUUUGUGUUUUGACUAUGUGCCAAAAAGAAAUCAUGGCCAGUAGUAGUCUUUUAUAAUUAUAUUAUUAUAUAAUUUUUAUUUUAAAUAUAAACAUUUAAUAUUGUUUUAUAUAACUGUCAUUCAUUUUUUUCUUCACAGUUGAAAUCUCUAUUCUUCCUUAGUCAUUGAAGAAUGUAAUCUUGCCUUCAUUUCCUUUUCUUUACAAUUCUAUAGCAAUUAAAGAUUUUAAUUGUUCUCCAACUCCUAGCACUUUACUUCCUAAUAAAGAUUUAUAUGUUACACAUA